GGCAUCGCCUCCUUCCCUUCCGCUUCCCCCUUCUGAGCUCUGCCCUCGCCGCGCCGUCUCCCCUUUUCCUCCUUUCCGAAUCAUGUCCUCCUCCAACAAGGCUGUCCGCAAUGCCGCCGGCAAGCGCAUCCUCUCUCGCAAUGAGGUCAAGAAGACCAGCAAGAAGCAGAGCCUGACGCCUCAGCUGGCUACCGGCGUUGUGAUCGCCAUCCUGGUCCUCCUGCUGAGCUCCUCCAUCAUUCAGAUGUUCCCCCAGUAGAUGGCCGUCGUGUUGGGGGGAAAGACAGCCCCCCGGUGUCAGCUUCCUCGGCUGAAACACGGCCCCCGGCGCUGCUCGGCGCUGACGAUCGCACAUGCGCACGCACAAUAUGAGGUGAAUAAAUGGUAAAAUAAGCA